CACCAUCCACAGCGUCCACCAUCUUCAUCACUCGCUCUUCCAUCCUCACUCUUCAUCUCAACCUCAUCGACGUCACGUACAUCUGGAAGACUGCCACUGCGGCGCCAUCCUCUUUACUUUCUAGUUCCCAACAGCACACUCGCGCCAUGCUUCUCCGCGUCCGCUCCCCCGUGGGCACGGCGCGCAUCACUGUCGACGCCUCGACACCAGGCGAAGAGCUUGCGAGGCUAAUCCUCGACACAGUGCCCAAUAACGAGGCACAGCCCGAUCCCAGCUCCGUGACGCUUAGCAACCAGCCCGGUGCCGCUGGGGAGAAGGUUACCCUCGCAGCGCUGCAGGGGAGGAAAGUCGGCGACAUGGGCUUCAGCCACGGCGAUCUCCUUUUCCUGGCUUACAAAACGCUUUCGUCGUCGCCCCCUCCCUCUGCCCCGCCACCUCCUGCUACUUCUACCAGCGGGCGGAAGACCGAGGAGCCUACGGCACGCCCGCCGACGACUGCGGGCACUGCUCCCUCUGUUGAUCUGAAUCGUGUUGUUGAGCAGGGCGUCGACGUCUACUGGUCGCAACAGGACGGCAAGAUUGAGCGCAAGCGUGACGCCGCGUUUUGCCGCCAUGGUGCCAAGGGCAUGUGCGACUAUUGCAUGCCACUCGAGCCCUACGAUGCGAAGUAUCAGGCAGAGAAUCAGAUCAAGCAUCUCUCGUUCAAUGCGUACCUACGCAAGCUGCUGGCCGGCCGCCCCCCAUCUUCCACGAACCAGUAUCCUCCUCUCACGCCGCUCGACCUCUCCGUCAUUACACCGUGUCCGUCUGGGACACACCCACCCUUCCCUGAGGGCAUCUGCUCCAAAUGCCAACCCUCCGCUCUCACACUGAACUCCCAGACGUACCGCAUGGUUGACCAUGUUGAGUUUGCCACCCCAUCGCUCAUCGAAUCGCUACUCACUGGAUGGCGCCGGACCGGCACGCAGCGCAUUGGCUUCCUCAUUGGUCACUACGAGACGUACGAGAAGGUUCCUAUGGGCGUCAAGGCGGUCGUUGAGGCGGUGUGGGAGCCAAGGCAGGAGGGCGAAGUCGAUGGCCUCACUGUUGAGGUUCCAUGGGAGGACGAGAAGACCGUGGCCAAAAUCGCAGCGCUUUGCGAUAAGGGCAUGGUGGUGGUCGGCAUGAUCUACACGGACUUGACAGCCGACCCAGAUGACAUCACGAAGACACUCUACAAGCGCCAUGCGCAUAGCUUCACCGCCUCGGGGUUGGAGAUGAUCACGAGCGCGCAGUACCAGAUUGCCCACCCCUUGCCAACCAAGGCGUCGUCUGCUGGGUAUUUCUCGUCUCGAUGGGUAACCUGCUGCCUCACUGGCACUGAGGACGGACAAGUCGAUGUGAUCGCCUGGCAGGCCAGCGAACAGUGCGAGGCUCUUGUCAAGGCCAACAUGAUUGAGGCGUCGGUCGACCCAGGCACUGUCCGCGUCCGGACUCCCGGGCAGGGCGAGUACAUUCCUGAGGUGUUUUACAGCUUCAAGAACGAGUACGGAGCACAAGUGAAGAAGCCAGCCAAGCCCACGUUCCCCGUCGAGUACCUCUUCGUCAAUAUAACCCACGGCUUCCCCGUUUCUCCAAACCCCCUCUUCCUCUCGUCAAACUUCCCUGUCGAGAACCGUCCAGGUCUCUCAGAUCAGUCGCUGGAGAUCGUCAUUCGCCGCCUCCUCGAGAUCCUCAAAGGGUCGGACCUCGACGUAACCGACACCGGCACCUGGCCCGCACGCAUCAAGGACGAGGUCGAGCGCUGGCUCUCGGACUGGCACCUCGUCACCUUCCUGUGCAUGCACGGCUCCUUCUCGGACCACGAGCAGAAGCUUCUUUGUCAGGUCGCGACAGCGCACCGCUCUCCGGAGCAGUCGCCGGCGCGCGAGCAUCUCUUCGCGUCGGGCGGGUGGCAGACACUCCUGACGCUCGCAGAGGCGACGUCGGCCACCAUGUCGCCGCCGGCAUCCAACUCUGCGGCGGAGCAGUUCGCCGACAUGGGUCUGGACUCGUCUCGCAGCUCGCCCGCUGUGGGAUCGGGAAGUAGAACUCCUGGCGCGGGAGCGGGCGGCGAUGCGGGCGGUCCCAAGGCGUGUCCUCACUGCACGUUUAUCAAUGAGCAGGGAGCUACCGACUGUGAUGUCUGUGGCCUCCCCUUGUGAUCGCUGUGCCACCUGCGACCUUAAUGCUUCCGUAACCUCUGUGACAUAGACUUCAUUGUCAUCAUGCAUCUGUCCGCCGCCUCGUGCGGUUUUCCC